AAUCCUUCCCAACAAACACGAUGACCAGCACAGUCCCUUUGUGUGUGGGUCUCCUCGCGGUCUUCCUCGCCACAUUGCUCCCGCUGACCACAGGAGAGAUCUUCACGUCAUCGCUCAAGGUCGAGCGGAUGGUCAUGGAGGAGGACGUUCUGCUGCGAGAGUUCAAAAACUUUAUCGAUUACCAGUACGAGAGAUUGAAAACGUUCUCUGAUUUCUAUACAGACCGGCUCCGAGACGUACGCAUGCGUGAGAGGUCAGAGGUGAGGAGUGACCUGAAUCACCCCAACGCCGUGUACGCUGUCAUCAAACGUUUUGCCACGGACUACGCCAAUGUACUGGGGGAGAAUUAUGAGAGCUUCCGACAGAAUGUGGAGGGGUCUCAUGACCAAUUUCUGGCUGAUGGGGACGAUAUCAAGGGAGCUAGACUGUCUUUGCUUAGACUACAGAAUAAAGACACAGCGCUGAGAGUCAUACAAAUUGUUUUAGAGGAACGAAAGCACCGACUCGAGAGGCUAAGAUAG